AGCUAUUAGUUACGCCGUUACCAAUUCUAAUUUGAUUAAAAAGACGAGAAAAGAACAGAACACAUGUUACACUCUCUUCACAAGUUUUCUCUGUUCAUGGCAUCCAAACCUCAACGACUCCAUCAAGUUGCAGAGACCAACUUUCAGGGCUCAGCAAAGAGGGUAAGAACCAUGGCCACAUCCACAGCCAUUGAACCAGCUAUGAAGGACGCUUUUACCGGAUAUGCUGAAUAUCUUAAUGACCUUAAUGACAAACGGGAAAGAGUGGUCAAAGCAAGUCGAGAUAUAACAAUGAAUAGCAAAAAAGUCAUAUUUCAAGUGCACAGGAUGAGUAAAUUCAAUAAAGUGGAAGUACUUGAGAAAGCUGAAAAGGACUUAGCAGCUGUGACAGAUCAGUAUGUGUCACGACUAGUCAAAGAAUUGCAGGGAACUGAUUUUUGGAAGCUAAGGCGUGCAUACUCACCAGGGAUACAGGAGUAUGUUGAAGCAGCUACGUUCUGUUGUUUCUGCAAAAAUGGAACACUUUUGGAGCUUGAUGAAAUGAACAAAACAUUGCUACCACUUAAUGAUCCAUCUCUACAUCCUCUGCAGAUAAAUGUCCUUGAUUAUCUAUUAGGGCUUGCAGAUUUGACUGGAGAGCUGAUGCGUUUAGCAAUAGGUAGGAUAUCAGAUGGUGAACUUGAAUUUGCUGAGAAGAUAUGCAAAUUUGUGCGUGAUAUAUACAGGGAGCUUACUCUAGUAGCGCCACUUAUGGAUGACAAUUCUGACAUGAAAACAAAAAUGGAUGUAAUGCUCCAAAGUGUCAUGAAAAUAGAGAAUGGUAAUGCAUUAGUUUUCAAACUUCUGUGUGCAAUAUUGAAAGUUCUAUUUAUCAAGUUUGAUGCCUUGAUACCUUAUUACUCCAAGCACAAAUAGAAUAAUCUAGUGGCUGAUUGGAAAAAUAUUUCAUCUCGUCAUAUUUUAAAGAAAUUAGUUCUACAUUCACUCAUGAGAUUCUUUUCUUAAGUUCAUGAUUUUGCAUCCAGCAUAUUUCAACUCCAUUAUUUUCUUAUGUCUAAAGUCAUUCUCACUCUUAAAUGCUGAUCUUUGCUGCAGCUAAUGGCUAUAUUUUUGUAUGAUAACCCCAUUAUA